GAAUACCUAACAGUUUUUAUUUAAAUAAUGUGGCUCUGCAUAUAUUUGGAGUGUCAAACAUUGUGAAGUAAAUAAAUACUUAAUACACAAUAUUUAUUAUUUAAUAUCAGCUGUUUAAAGAAAACAUUCUAUUUCCUUGCUAUAUUCUACAAACACGCAUUGUUGAUCUCUUGUGCUUAACAAUGUCAGAGGAAAACAGAGGAAAUGUUAGUUGCAAAAGUACAGUUGUCGAGGAAGGUAGUUGUGGGACGAACAAAAAGUUGAAAUCAUCCGAUCAAAUGAGUGAAAUGUUAUCAAUGUACCAGGAUUACUCCGAGGUUCUUUUAAAGGAGCAUCCACGGAAGCUAAUUCCUGAAUUAUGCAAACAAUUUUAUAAUUUGGGAUGGGUUACAGGGACAGGUGGUGGUAUUUCAAUAAAACUGGAUGAUGAGAUCUACAUCGCAGCAUCGGGAGUUCAAAAAGAACGCAUUAUUCCUGAAGAUUUGUUUAUCACAAAUAUGGAUGGAGAGGAUAUCCAAAAACCACCAGAAUACAAAAAGCUUAGCAAAAGCCAAUGUACUCCAUUAUUCAUGCUGGCUUAUCGGCAACGAAAUGCGGGAAGUGUAAUUCACACGCACUCGCCAGCAGCAGUACUCGCAACCCUUUUGUGGCCGGGUAAAGAAUUUCGAUGUACUCAUUUGGAAAUGAUCAAGGGCAUUUAUGAUUACGAGCUUGGUCGUAAUUUACGCUAUGACGAAGAACUAGUUGUACCUAUCAUUGAAAAUACUUGUUUUGAGUCUGAUUUGGAAGAAUCACUGAACAAAGCAAUGAAUGACUAUCCCGGAACUAGUGCUGUAUUAGUGCGACGUCAUGGAAUUUAUGUUUGGGGUGAUACAUGGCAAAAAGCGAAAACUCAGACCGAAUGCUAUGAUUACUUGAUGUCUCUAGCUGUGGAAAUGAAUAAAUUUGGAUUGGAUGCCGGGAAAGUACCGAAACCAUCUCGAAAUGGUGGCAAAUAAAUUCCAAAAUAUCCGACCACUCAAUUAAUAUACAUUAAUUUUUGGGAAACAUACAUAUAUUUUCAAUUAUUUCAAUAAAAAUUGGUCAACGAAUGACUUUUCUUUAUUUUAC